CGGACUUCCGGUGCCGGCAGUUUGUGGCACGUGAGCGGUGAUGAAGGUUUUGUGAACCGGGACUGUUGUCUUCUGGAGCUGUUAUAAGCUGCAGAAGUGAAGUUCACCUUCGAGCUCCACCUCUGAAGUGAACUGAACACCAGCAGCAGCCACUCAUGAUGAAUAAAGAGGCAGAGUCACAGUGUACAUCUCUUUGCCUCCUUGUCCUUUGAGCAUUUUUUGAAACGCGCCGCCAUGAAUGUGAGCGGUUUGCUCAGGGCAGCUGCUGGAAGCUUCACCGCCCGUGGAGCAUCACAGGCCUCCUCUUUGUUGUCCUCUUCAUUGUCGCCCUCCUCUUUGUUGUCCUUUUCGUUGUGCUCCUCCUGUUCUGUCACACGAAAAAUGACAUCUAGGAGACAAGCAGACCAUCUGGAAAGAACCUCCAGCAACUAUAGACAAGAGUCCAUCUUCCCAGCGAGGGUAUGUGGGAUCAUGAAUGAGUCGAUGACAGUGAAACGACUCCGUCUGGCGGUUCCCGGUUCUGACUUCACCUUCAAAGCUGGCCAGUGGGUGGAUUUCUUCAUUCCGGGUGUAGAGAAGGUGGGGGGGUUCUCCAUCUGUUCCAGUCCUGGCCUUCUGCAGAGGGAGGGUGUGAUUGAGCUUGCUGUCAAGUACAGCCAGCACGCCCCGGCAUACUGGAUCCACAAGGAGUGCGCCGUGGACUCUGAAGUGGCUGUCAGAGUGGGUGGCGACUUCUUCUUCGACCCUCAACCAUCAGACCUGCCUGUGGACCUGCUCCUAGUAGCUGGGGGUGUGGGCAUCAACCCACUUUACUCCAUCUUGUUACACAUGGUGGACCUGCUGAGGGGGCGUCGCUCCCGGCCGGACGCCUACGAGCCCAAAAGUGUCCGGCUCUGCUACAGCGCCAAGAACCCCCAGGAGCUGCUGUUCAAGAAAACGAUAGCGGAGGUGUGUCAAGAAUUCCCGGGCAAGGUCUCCUGCGACUUCCACGUCACCCAGGACAGCGAGGACGUUGACCCGCAGCUCAGACCCCUAAUCCGCAAGGGCAGAAUCUCAGAAGAAGUUCUGAAGGAGCACUUACGAGGGAGAGACACCCUCUGCUACCUGUGUGGUCCGCCGCCCAUGAUCGAGAGUGUAUCGGAGCAGCUGUUGCACCUGGGCCUGUCGCAGGAUAGUAUCCUCUUUGAGAAGUGGUGGUAGCGGCACCGCCCUUGUGGCAAAAACGGUUUCAGCCACGUCCUGCAUGCCGUGUCGCGUAUCGGCAUAGACUGCAGUUGGACGUGUGUUACGUGGCUGCCCGGAUACCCCAAACCUGACACCGCAGCCUUUUCCAAAGCGCACAACUUGAGCCACGCACAUCUGUUUUGGGUCACCAGUGAGUCCAGCUCUUUUGCUGCACACUCAGCAUGGAAUGAAUUUCCUGUUAGGAAACUUGCACUGCAAAACAUUGUUAUUGCAAGAUUAAUUUAAUGUGAUUAAUUAUUAAAUAUAUUUUAUGACUUUCAUUUUAGUUUAGUGGAAAUGACCUCAUAAACCCCAAAAUUUGCCCUGUAACAGAGUAGACCCCUUGAAAGUUUAAUUUGUACUCGUAUGUAAAUACAUUUGCAACUGGCUGAGUUCAAUAAGGAAUCCAGUAAAUCCUGUACUGUAAUUUAUUCAAAAUGCAGUUUGAAAGUAAAUCUUUGUGAUUUUCAUAUUUAUAGAGCAGGUUUUAUUACUUUUAAUAUAAGUAUAUAUAAAUGUUAUGACAUACCACAGAUAGUGAAAAAUCAAAAACAAGUGUUGUUCUGUUAAACUGCCAGAGUAGGAGAUGGAGAUUAAAUGGCAUUUUGCUACUGUCAUUCUGCACUUAAGCAUAUUAAUUAUUUAAAGGAUCAUUCAUCAGAAGACAGACUAGUUUUAUUCUGUUAGUGUCUGCAUUGCAUCUUCUGAAAGCAAGUGAACAUUAGCCAAAAAUAAGCAGACAGGUGGGUACAAAAGUGCUCAGCAUUCAGCUGCAGUUUGUAUGCAGCAGUAAGGCCAAAUACAUCUACCUGUAUGAGUGCAAAAAUAAUUUUAGCUUAAUGUUCUAAAAGAAUAUUUAAUAUUUUAUUAGGCAAACCCUUUCUUUAGUUUUAAUACUAGGCCGUGUUUUACCAUAUGUUAAUUUUCUACGUUAUGUUUUGGGGAACAGUUUUUUUAACUGGAACAGUUUUAAAUAUGAACUGCUCAAUUGCAUUCAUUUUGUAAUUUUUAAAUAUGUUGACAAUAUUGUUUAGAAUUUUGGAAAAUAGUAGGCUAAAACACGGAAGACACUGCAGCGAGAUAAUGACAAAAUAGUUGAGUAAAGAUUUUGCAUACAGGGGCCACCAGGUGUGGUGUGAUGCAGUAAUGCAACUGUUCGCUAAUUACGUGAACAUACAUGGACUCCACUUUAAUGACGUAUUUCUUGUCAGUUUUCUGUGGACAUGUUUUUACAUUGUUUUCAAAUGCACUUUUGUGUUUAAACCUAUUACGGUAAAGCUUCUUGCUUUACUUCGUGCCCAUUUACUUAGAUUUUUAACCAGUGUUUACAUAUUACCUAAAUUCAGUGGAUUUGCAAUGACAAUAUAUGUUUGAUUUCAAGGAUCAAAAGUAUUCAGCUGUGUAAUUCAAAUGUUUUUUUCCCCUUUGCAAAUUAUGCAGUUUUAUAUUCAAAUGGAAAUUAUAGUGUUGUAGUCACACAACUGAAAAUAGCUGUAUACAUUCUGGUUUAAAAAGUCAUUUAGGAUUAUAAUGUACAACUUUAUACAAAUAACUGGAACCCCAAGCACAUAAGUUGCACAGCAGGAUAGCAAAAUACCAGCAAACAGACCAUUCAAGAUGCCAGUAGCCAUGACAACACUUAUGUGGCUUUCUGAGACAGAAAAUUAGCCCUGUAACAUUUAAAUGACCACAGUCAAACAAAACAAAUUAAAUCAUUUUACUCUUUACCCUGAACAGUUCAUUUCCUUUUUGGGUUUGUCACAAAAACAGCAAUGCAUCAUCUAUAAUUGAAAAUACUCAGCUACAAAAAAAGUGCAUAUUCUACUCUUGCCAUGAAAUCAUAGAAACGUCAAAUAAGCAUAUCCAUUAACAUGACCGAAAAACAUAUAUGUCUGUGUAUAUAUACAUACGUACAGAUAUCACCAUACAACAAGCCAACAUUAGCCAAACAUUUCAUAAGCUGUACAAUACUGAGUCAAGAAAAAUGGUGAGAAUACAAAAUGUACAAAGCUAUAAGACACUAAGGUAUAGGCAGUAGAUGGUAGUUUACUUACUUGCAAUAAGUGGUCAGUGCCUGUGACCUUCUGAUAAGUAGCUUCAAAUCUACAGCCACAAAAUUAAAUUCCCCAUAAUGCCUGCUGUGCCCUGAAAUAGUGGCACCUUCCUUCGCAAUUUGCCAGUGAAAUUGGAUAGGUAUUACAAAUAAUUAAUGAGGAAUAAUACGUUCAUAAUUAAAGCUGAAGUGUUACUUAAACAGGAAAUCAAACAUGAAGGGAAUACUCCCCAGUCAACACAUUUCCUCCCAGGAAGCAGUGGGGAUGAGGUGGGGGGCAACUACCUCCAAACACAUUGUUAAAGAAAGGAUAUAUUUGACUUGGCUUUGGCAAACCACCACUGUGAAUUUAAAAAUCACUUCCAUCUGUUGCUGACAGUGGAAAAUCCAUAAAAUGGUUCAAACAGCAGCCCCGGGUCAUCCUUUGUCUGCACAGUUUCACUUCCUCGCAUCCGGACCUCUGUGGAUUUUUUUGUGGGGGGGGUGGGUGAACGGGUUUAAGGUUUUGGGGAGAAAGGAGUGAUGUGUUGCUGUAGCAACAGUCAUUGCCAUGGUGAUGGUAAUGCAUCAAUGGCAGUGCAGCUGGGGUUUGAUUCACACCCAUCACAGGGAGAGUAUGGCGUCCGGAGCCCUUGUGUCUUACACAGGGCCACUAGUGCUGUAAACAUGCAUAUGCAUGUACUGUACUGUGCUGUGCUGUACGUCUGGAGCCCUGCCUUUGCCUAUGACAAACUACUUGGACACCGAAGGCUGACAUCAUGGAGCUGAGUAUAAUCUGUUCCAUUAUAUAAAAAUCAAUACAAAUAUUUAGAUGAAUCAAUUUUAAAGUGUUUGCUCAUGGCUCAAGAAGCAUAGCUUUGGCAGGCUGCCAUUUAAACACUGCUGGGCCACAUUUGGAUCUUUAGCUCUCUUUUACUACGGUUCAACAUGUUUACAACCCCAUGACCAGCUCCUCCUAAAAUACCUUCCUCGUGACACAACUGGCAACAAAACUCUUACUAUAUUCUCUAACUGCACAAAACAUGUUUAUAAACAGGACAUUUAAUUGCAGAUUCCUUCACUGGCUAAAAUACUGUAAGUUGCAUACAUAUUGUUUGUUAUUAUGCCUUUAGGUACUUUGAUACAACCUGAAACCAAAUUACCCAUCUCUACUAGUGGAACAGCAACACAGAAAAACUGCGUAAACAACGACGAAUAAACAAAUCCCAUCCUCACCAGCAGGGACUGCUAACAACUGAAACACACUUGUACAUGCACACUUAGGAGGAUGUGCCCAGGAGAACCAGUGGUUAAGUACUUCAGUUCAGUCACUUAAUGUCCCUGCAACUGUAUAAAAUAUUAAUGGCAUUUUCUUAUGUGAUACAUAUGUCAAGUUAAUUUUAAACUCUGGCUUAUAUUGUGCAUUUGAAGAUUUCAUUUGUAUAUACAAAACAUAAGCCCAGGCCUCUGACUAAAUAAGUGGUUUGUACAGGCUGCUGUAUGUUCUCUGCUUGACUUUUUCCCCACCUUAGUGCCGUAGGUCUAAGUAACGAUCCAGCAGGACCCCCGUGUGUGCCGUUUUCUGUUCCAGCUGAGACAUUAAUGAAGUCGUCUUUCUUGAGCUGCUCAUUGAAAAAAACUGUACAAUUCAAGGAGAACCUGUUGAGGACUUGAUAAGUUUUCAGCUGUGUUAAAUGGAAACUGCACUGGGAAAUAACUUUUAUACUGAAGAUAAUAA